UCGGACGUGUUGACGCUAUUCGCGCGAGAUCGUUAACAAUAUCGCGACAGAUCGGGACGUUCCCAUAGACCAGCCGGAAAUAGAUCCCCAUGUGUGUGUUUGGAUCCUUCCGACGAAGGAUGUCGAAGGACCCUGGAAGCACCUGGCGCGCGAUUCGCUGAGAUUUUAUCCGGGGAAACGAUUCGAACCAGUCGAGUCACCCGAUAAAUGUGCAUUUGGAGAUCCAAUUAAUAAGCUCUUGGUCUACUUCCGAAAGGGACUCGAAGUAUGAUGUAUCGAACCUGAGAUUUCACUGAUUUUCAUUGAUUGUAAUUGAUUGAGCGUACGUUUCGCGGGAUACCUGUGGAUUUCAAGCGAAACUAACACCCGACCGCUUCGAGAAUUCCUUUGAGCCCGGAAAGGUCGAGGAAUCAAGCACCGAAUAAUCGACGAGAAUUUCUUUUCAGGACUAAUUUCCCUAUACUCGAGCCAGUACUGACAAGACUGACGAGUUCAGCUAACCUCGAGUGUCUUUCGAGUGUCGUCCGGAUGACGUUAAGAAUCUGAUUAACACCGUUGACUCUCGAGCGAGGCGGCUUCGAGCAACGCGCGAAGACAAACCGGAUAACUGUAGGCGUCUUUCGUGAAAGCCAGGCGGAACGCGAAUCUUACGGAGGAACUAAAUAAACAAACGCCAGACAACCGGGCGAAUUAUCAAUCGGCGAAGAUUGACAUCUAAAACGUGUGUGAUCGAUCGUCGGAUUAAAGGCCGAGGAGACUCGAAAAAGCAAACAGGUCUAAUCAGUCGGAGUUGUUUAUCAACCGUAGAAAAUCAGUGGCCAAUUAACACGGUCGUCGUGCAGUUGCGAGAUCAAUGGAGACUCGAAACGAAGAGAAAUCAAAAGAUUCGGCGGCUAACCUGUAAUCGAGAGGGUUUCUCGGCGCGACGACGUCUCUUUCGCUCGAUUUCCGACGCCGAAAAACGCGGAGGCGACGCCUGGUCCGGCAAUAGAGCGUCAGGAUCCGCGAGUCGUCGAUCGUUUCGCGGAAAACCGAGCUUUUACGAGUUUGGAGAGUUGGCAAAAACAAGUCUCAGCGGAGGCAAGACGACACAGGAAGCCCCCUGUCCCGUCGUUCCUCCGUGCUGGUGAUAUAUUAUACGACUGUCUGAGCGCGCGUAAACAGGUGUCACACGGUGGCCUUUCAUCGCGGGGGACUUAGUGUUCUUUACAUCGGACUCACGGUCGACUGCUUCGAAGGCUUUCUGAGCAGCCAUCCGUCAAAGAUAUUAGACCCUUGGAACCUCAUGGAAAUCCUCUGACGAUCCCGCAGCCGGCUGAGAACUCGCAACUGGCUGCUGGAAAGCUUUCAUCGGGACUCUUUCGAGGACUCCGGUAGCCGAGGGAGGACCAUUUGGGGGCAACUACGAGCACGACACCGCGAAAUAGGACCAAAGCGACAAAAUGGACGGUUACGAGGACGUUGAUUUUAGCAAACCAAACAGCCCUAAUAUUCAACAGCAUAUAUUGGAGGUAAAGGCGGAGCAAUGCCACAGUGAAAACAUUUUGAUGUCGGGUUGGUGCCCUAAAGUUUGGGAUAAAAUACUAUGCUGGCCAUCAACGCCGCCUGGAGAACUCGCCGUUUCAUCCUGCCCGCCCUACAUAGCUGGAUUCGAUGUCCAGGCAAACGCAUCGAAACAGUGCAUGCCUGACGGUCAGUGGUUUUGGAACAACGAUACCAACAGCACCUGGAGCAACUACAGUCAAUGUUACAGAAAUCCAUUAGUAACUAUUGUGAUAGACCUGUCGGGCGGCCAGGAACACAACGACACACUGAUUAAGAAAUUCAUCCCGAUAGUGAAGACAAUUUCGAAAGUUGGCUACACCGUUUCAUUUUUUACCCUGGUGGUGGCGUUUUUCAUUCUGGCCGUGAUCAAUUUGUCCCGAAUUGGACGUAGGAAAUUAAGAUGCCCGCGAAACAUGCUCCACAUGCAUCUGUUCGCCUCGUUCAUGCUGAGAGCGUUCAUGGCCCUUAUGAAGGACUUCCUCUUCGUCUCCGGGAUCGGCCUCGCCUCGGACGUGAUGAUCAAACACGGGAAAUACUAUUGGCUGGUCGACGAGGAGGAGAGCAGCUGGCUGUGCAAGGCGUUCACCAGCAUGUGGCAGUAUUUCAUUCUUGCAAACUACUUCUGGAUACUGAUGGAGGGCCUCUACUUGCACAAUUUGGUCUUCCUCGCGCUCUUCGCCGAUGGGAACUCCAGCAUCGCCGGCUACGUCUGCCUCGGAUGGGGCUUGCCGGCUAUAUUCGUGUCCUGCUGGAUCGUAGUCAGAGUAAUCCUCGAGGACAAGUAUUGCUGGACCACUCACGAGAAUCCUUAUCUGUUCCUUAUCAUUCGAGUGCCUACCAUGCUAUCUAUUCUGAUUAACUUCGUGUUGUUCGUGAACAUUGUCAGGGUGCUCCUGUCGAAGCUGAAAUCGACGGUUUCCGAGGAGACGCAAAGAUACAAGAGGUGGGCGAAGAGCACCCUUGUCUUGGUGCCGCUUUUCGGGGUCCACUACACCGUUUUCCUGGGCAUGUCUUACAGCAUAGGUGUGAACGAGACUGUGGAGCUCGUGUGGCUCUUCUGCGACCAAUUCUUCGCGUCCUUUCAGGGUUUCUUCGUGGCCGUUUUGUACUGUUUUCUUAACGGAGAGGUGCGGACAGAGGUGUCCAGAGCAGUCAGAAGUCGAAGAGUCCCACGUCUGAGCGUCAGGUGGAUCUCCAGACCGUCGACGCAUUCCGGCAGCACGUGCAGCUGCAACGCAUCGAAGCUUGGCAGACGUUCGAAAAGGCCACCCUGGUGGAAGAAUCCGUGGAUCUGUUCUCUGCGCGACAGGGAUGCUCGGCGUUCUACUCACUCGAUGGCGAGUACACAAGAUAUUGGCACGCGAGGAGGUAGUCUAGCGAGCAGCAGAGGGUACCUGGAAAUCACAGGAAACGGACAAAGCGCACUUCCGGGUAAUCAAAGUCAACGGACAAGUCAUACAUCACCUCUUUACAGCAAGUACACGGAUCAGUCGUUACUUUCGUUCUGCUCCAACGUUUCAGAAGCGACGCCAUGCACGGCAGUAAACGUGGACAGAGUCCGCGAACAUCAUCGUUGGAGCGACUCCGAGUGCUGUCACCUUGCAUACGAAUUGCAAAAUUUGAAUCAUGGUCCACCGUGAGAUAUCGUAAACUAUCCACAAACCUCUAGUACAAUAGUUGCACACCAAAGACGGAGCGCCAUUUAAUUAUUUUUAAGACUGCGGUGAUUCAUUCGCCGCGACCAACAAUUUACACAAACUAUCGCGGAACUACGAUCGGUAUUUUCUCGUUUUUACUUUUAUCCACCCUCUGUAACCCAUUAUAAUUUUAAGAUGACGUACUCAUCGUGGAUUAAAAAUCGAGAACUAUUUCUUAAAAAAAAAUGGGUUCGAGAUUCAAAUUUUUCUCACGUCUGUUACAUUAAAAUGUAUUUUCAAAGGGUUAUAGAGGGUGAAGAAAAACGAUUGCAUUGUGCAGUUUAACAACAGUGAUUCAUAGAACACUCGAUUAAUUUAACGAAUGUUCCGAUCGGCUGGGCGCGGUUCCCUUUGCCUUCUAUUCGGAUAAUCCCGAUCGCAUUCUUAGUAAUUAAACGUCUGAUACUAAUUAGUCCGCAUUAAAUAGGUAUUGCCGUGCGUCGUUCAUCUCCUUUGUACGAAUAAUUAAUUAAUUGUGGCGUGUAAGCUGUACAGUUCUUGUAAAUUACAAACAGAUGGAUGUUUCUAUUAUAGUUAUAUGUGUACGUGUGUGUGUGAGUGUGCAGACUAGGUGUCGAGACUAAGGCGAGUGCAAUGAAACGAGGUGCAACCUUGCAUCGCGUUUAUGCUUCGAUUGAAAAUUUUCCACGGGCAACCAAACGUGUUGUUAUCAAUCAAUUAUCAAUUUAUUAUCGACCAUCCAUUCGUGUAAAUGUAUCAUCGCCGAUAUAAAACUCGUUGUUAUUCUAAUAACAUUCAGCUGCUUUGGAGGAAAAUUUAAAUAA